AUGGAUCCUCCCCCCAACACUUAUGUCCCAGGUCGAGGUCUAGGUCGAAGAGCUAAUGUACCCUACGCCAGUCCCGCCUUCCGGGAAGCUUCCCAGGCAGCUCGCCAAGCCUGUUCUGCCAAUGAGCGGUCGGCUCAUGAUAUCCCCGCUCCUUCUAGACGCAGGGUUCGACUGCCCUCCAACGACUCAGACUCGGACGACCAGCCCUUGGCUCAAAGGCGUCGUCAUACGACCCCUGCUAUUGCGCCAGACUCCGACCCUUCACCCGUUCCUCAGUCACCUCCUACUGCAACACCGACACUAGGCGAUGAAGCAGGUCCAGCCACUCGCCCUUCUUCCACUAUACCAUCAGAGUUUCCUCAAACGCCCUCUUCAGCCCCUUCUGGCUCAGCUGCGAGGCCUUCACCACCACCUCCUGGCUCGGCCGUUGGACCUUCGCAACUAACCCCACUUACUCAUCACUAUUGUUGCACCGCUGUGCCUUCUGAGAUGAAGUUAUUGUCCCAACAAGAUGUUCCUACCAGCUCCCUUAAAAUGAAAGGUCGCUUGGCCACUAUAUGGGAAGAGAGCCUACAACAAAUGGACUCCCUACCUCCCCCUACUAAAAUGGACAGAUUCUCAGAAUUGUAUAUUAAGGUUUGUGCUGAGUCCCUGGUAAUAAAUCAGUCCUUCCACACUACUCAUCACCAGAAUAAACUGCUGCAAGACAGGGUGACCGAGCUAGAGCUACAGCUGAGCGAUCCGGAACAAGAUAAUCACGCUCUGCGAGCUGAGAUAAAAGAUCUGACCAAAAGGAAUAAUCAUCUGGAAGCAUCCUUGACUCAUGUUAACAACAAGUUCAAGGCCCUCGAGGAAGAGAAAAAUCAAAUCGACGUUGUGCACCAGCAGAGCAUGGACCAACAAGCUUUGGAGCACCAGCGGUCCAUUGAUCAAUUAACCCAGAAGCUGUGGGCUGCUGAGACUUUAGCACAGGAGCAAGACAAGAAAUUAAAAUCUCAGGAGGCGCAAUUAACGACCCAGGAGGCAAAACUCUUGGCAACACGGGAUGAACUGGCUCAAGCCCGGGCUAUGGCGGAAGGGGCCUCCACGGCUUUGACAAUCUAUAAGGAUGGGGAGCAAGAUCGCUGUAAACAAAGUCACGACCUGUACUUUCGUUCCCCAGAGUUCUGUAUACAGGCUGGACAGCGCUUCUCCACGUCUGUUAUCUACGGGGCGGGUGGGGGCUCUGCGUCAACUUUACGAACAAGACUAUUUAAAGUCAGUUUCGCCUCCUGA